AUGCGGGCCAACCACCAUGCGCUUCGGCGCCUCCUCCCCUCCUCCUACACCCCACUCUGCCCUUGCUCGCGCUGCCGCAGCGGAGCGUCCACGCCCGCAGGAGAGCCCCGCAGCCCCGUGCGCAUGCGCCACCAAGCCUCGCGCCGCUCCGACCGGACUUCCCCGCAGCUCGCCGCCGCCAGUUCACCGGGCACCACCGCAGCCCCCUCUCCCUCUCCUUCCUCCCCUGUCUCUCACGCAGCUCCCCCUCUCUCUCCAGGACACUGGUCGAAGCCGGAUCCGCCGCCGGCCAUUAGCCGCAACCGCCGGGAGCUCGGCCUUCAAGCCACGGCGGCGCCCGCCGGGAUGCUGUGGCCGCGCCUCGGUCUUCUACCAGGGAAGCCCAGCGCGCCGCUCGACGCCGUGGAUGCGGGCCAACCACCAUGCGCUUCGGCGCCUCCUCCCCUCCUCCUACACCCCACUCUGCCCUUGCUCGCGCUGCCGCAGCGGAGCGUCCACGCCCGCAGGAGAGCCCCGCAGCCCCGUGCGCAUGCGCCACCGAGCCUCGCGCCGCUCCGACCGGACUUCCCCGCAGCUCGCCGCCGCCAGUUCACCGAGCACCACCGCAGCCCCCUCUCCCUCUCCUUCCUCCCCUGUCUCUCACGCAGCUCCCCCUCUCUCUCCAGGACGCUGGUCGAAGCCGGAUCCGCCGCCGGCCAUUAG